GUAUAAUUAUAAAUAGAUAUAGAUAUUUUUUUUCGUUCAACUCUUACGUCUCGAAGAAAUUUUCCUCAUGUAAUAUCCGUAGAAACGAGGAAAGAGUACUUUUAGUAAUAAGUAACGGAUCGAAAAGUGACUGACUGAUUGGCGAAAAAUUGUGAAUUAUUUUCAGUGUACAAUUUGGGUGCAUGUGAUAUUAUAUUUUACGCUGCAGCGUGUGCAACGGGAUUAUUACCGUACGUUAAUUUGUUGUUAACUGAGGGUGGAACGUUUUACGAAAAGUAGAAUCUGUGGAUGGCGGUGCGGAAAAGAGAGAGGGAGGAGAGGAAGUUUGCGAAUGUUGAAAAGUUUUUUAUUUCAAUUUUUCUUUUAUUUUCAAACCUUAAAAACUUUGCAGUUUUUCGAACGAGGAACAAUCAACGUAAUUGUGACGAUCGUACAGCUUGCGCGAAGACUUAAUCAACGCGACCUGUGUUAAGCUUAAAAGUUUUUCACACUUAUUUAUACAUGUAACGUGUGUAUAAUGAACACACGCCUGUAAAUUGUCGACGUGCCCGUGCAACACGAACAUCGAGACUUACGCCUUGGGGAAAGCGUGUUUUGCAGAUUGAAGGUAUAAAGAAGUGGUAAGAAGACACACGCACCGGCACCAAUCAAACGCCAUGAAGAGACACUUCGUUCUCAUUGCCCUCGCGAUUGAAAUCAACCUCUACUUCGCAGAGGGCGAUGCGAGGCACCAGCAGAACUCCAUUUCCAACAACCUACCGUCACCUCUUAACGGACCCAGUGGUAAAAAUGAGGAGAUUCCAGACGGGCCGAUCAGAGAAGUCCUCGCUCAGACUGGAAGCACUGCUACCCUUCCCUGCAAGCUCACGGAUCCAGGAGCCGGCAUUGUAACGUGGAUCCGGCGCAGGGAUCGCCAACUUUUGACCGUAGGAGCAGCGACGCAUUCGGUGGACAGUCGCUUUGUGAUACGACCCUCGAGCUCGGACUGGGCUCUCCUAAUCAGAGGAGUCACUUUUCAGGACGCCGGGGUCUACGAGUGUCAGGUCGCCACGCACCCGGUCCAGCAGAAUUUCGCCCGACUGAAGGUAACCGAGGCAUAUGCCAUAAUACCUGGAGCACCAGACCUCCAUGUCAAGCAAGGCUCGAGCCUACGUUUGGAGUGCCAGCUGAUGUCGUCGACGGAGCCGCCGGUCUAUUUAUUCUGGUAUCGCCAGGGCAGGAUGAUCAACUACGACGUGGAGCCUGGUGUCAGGGUGGAGGCGACGACGACGGGCUCCAUAUUGGUCGUUGAUAAGGCGAAACCAUCCCACGGUGGCAACUACACUUGUGUCCCGAGCAACGCGAGGCCAGCAUACGUCAUAGUUCACGUUAUCGAAGAGGAGGAAAAACCGGCGGCAAUGCACGGGGGCGAUCGGCGAAAUCUGAGCCCCGCCAUUCUCGCGAGUAACUUCCUCGUCUCCCUGCUGGCGACGGUCAGCUGGAGGAUACCGAGUUUUACGAGCCUCUAUCCCACGUGAGAGGGAAGCAUCGGUUUAGGGAGGGCCACGCGUUUCUGACCGAAUCCCCGACGGCCACUCGGAGAAAGAAACUUGACCGAAGGUAACGAACAGUCUUGUUGUAUGUGGGACGGUUGUUACCUCCGCAGAGAAGGAGGAUCAGGAGGAAGAGGUCCGAGGUCAACGAUCGUUCUCCGGAAGGCGUUACGGGCGAUUCAACGCCGCAGUUUCUAGGUCCGUAUGUAUACAUAUAUAUUUAUUGCUGCAAGGAAGAGAAAAGAAGAGCCGGAGACUCGCCGAUCUCCGCAAGAUGAGUGCCGAUCUACCCUAAAUUCGUCUGCUCGUCUCAACUAUCCAGAUACCUAUACCAAAAACCCGAAAGGAGAGGAGAAAAAAAAAAAAGAAAUACCGAAACCCAUGUAAAUAACUGACGUAUGCUAUGAAAAUAUGA